CGGCCCAGCAAAGCAAGCGCCCCCUCCUCUGUCCUGCGCGUGGUGCGCGCAGUGUGUACGCUGUCCCUGCUGCAGCUGCACCCGCUGUCUGGACUCUGGAGUGGAGGAGCUCGAGCUAGCAGCCGAGCGCGUCCCCCAGUAGGAGCUAGCACCACCACUGCCUGGUGCCUGCUGCUCCUGCUACCACCACUACCACCUACAGGCCUACUCAUUCAAGAAUCUCCUAGCUUUCCCCAAACUCCCACACGGCCCCUGAAUCCGGAGAUCGCAGCCAAUCCAUUUGCUUUCUUCACCCGGCAACAGCGGAAUCCAAUCUUUUCCUCACCUCCGCUGGGCCUGGAGAAAUGGGAGCAAGAUACGCUUCUUGAGCCGGAUGCUGCUUCCAUGCAAGAUUUCUAGAUCAAGGUUUUAGCACCGAAAAAUCUUGCUUCCAACAAGUAACCCAGGCGAGCUUCAAGUUUUUCCGGUAAUAGUUUCUCAAUACAUCUAUAGAGAAAGCACUGCUCGAUUCAAGCAAUGGGUAGGGGAAGAGGCAGAGGAAGGAAGCCCAUCGCCAACGGCAGGAGCCAUGAAGACAAGGUGAGCAGCGGCGAAGAGGUCGUGCCUGCAAGGAAGAGGAGAGGGAGGCCCCAAAAGCAGCGCGUCCCCGACAAAGUCGAUCUACCACCAGAACCCAAGAGCUCGGCAGCGGGCGUUCAUGGCGAUGCAGAAGGAGGUAACGCAGAGCUCAAGGAGAACGACCCUGAAGGCAACGGCAACAAGAGGAACAGGGCACCCAAGGAAGAGAGCUCGAACCUCGACAUGGAGGAGAACAGCUCGAGCACCCGGUCCAGCAACGACGAGUCCACGACGACGACCCGGUCCAGCGGCUUCCGGCAGAACGGGAGCCGCCGGAAGAGCACGCCCCGGCGAGCCGCGGAGGCGGGCCUGUAGUAGCUGGAGGAAUUAAUGGAGCGGCGGCCGGCAACACGCGCUCUUGGAUGGAUAUGUGUUAGGCAGCUGCAUGCUCUUCAGUUUUGUCAACUUUAUGGUUUAGUAGCAACCUUCGUCUUCAUCAUGUUUACAUGGCUCUAGCUACAUGGAUGGAUGUAAACAUAUACAGUGCUCAUUGCAAACUAUGGAUGCUUUGCUUAUGGUGAUGAGAAGAGUCACUUGAAAUUCA